AUGAGUCGGGAUGACGAAAAGCACGGACUUGAGCUCCAGGUGCACCAACAUGUGGACCAGGGGAUCUCCGAUCUCAGCCGCAUGGCCCAGUCGAUAGCCCAAGCCGAUGCGAACAAACGGCCCCAUGGCGCGGAAGCAUCACGGCUGCGCUCCAGCUCGAACAUCUCCAACAUGCCGAAUCACGAGGAGAUCGCGCCGGCGGAAAGUAGCUACGUCAUCUUCCCGUUCACGAUCGCGGGCGUUGGGAUGGUGUUCGCCGGGACGGUGCUGGACCUCGUGCAAGCUUGGCCGCUGUUUCAGCAGGUCCCCGAAACGUUCAUCCUCGUCCCAGCUUUAUUGGGACUCAAGGGAAACCUGGAAAUGACUCUGGCGAGUAGACUAUCGACAUUGGCUAAUCUCGGCCACCUCGAUUCACCAAAACAACGCUGGGACGUGAUCAAGGCGAAUCUGGCCCUGAUCCAAGUCCAAGCCACUGUCAUCGCUUUUCUCGCAUCGGCGUUUGCGAUAAUGUUGGCCUGGAUUCCGAAUGGUCAUAUAGAUUGGUCGCAUGCCGCGCUUCUCUGUGCCUCCUCCUUGGCGACGGCCUGUUCUGCAUCACUCGUCCUAUCGCUUCUGAUGUGCGCAGUCGUGUUGGCCUCCCGGAAUCUGCACAUCAACCCGGACAAUGUCGCGACUCCAAUUGCCGCUUCAUUGGGAGACUUGACGACGCUCGGGGUUCUCGCCCUGUUCGGCUCGAUCUUCCUGAACGCGCACGAAUCGGAGUCGUGGCUGAACGUCGUCAUCGUGCUCAUCUUUCUGCUGUUGGCGCCGGUGUGGUUGCGCGUGGCCAAGAAGGACGAGGGGGCGGUUGAGGUCCUCGCGACCGGAUGGAGCCCCGUAAUCGCGGCCAUGCUCAUCUCCUCGGGUGGCGGCUUCGUGCUCGAGCGCGCCAUAAGAACCUUCCCAGCCAUCGCCUCUUUUCAACCGGUGAUAAAUGGAGUCGGUGGCAACCUCGCUGCGGUCCAAGCGUCGCGUCUUUCUACCGCUUUCCACCAGCUUGGCGUCGUCGGGGAGCUGCCGCACGGCUGGGUGUCCGGGCGAUUUUUGUCGAUCAAGCGAGCCUUCUUCACUAAAGAAUGGGACUCACGCUCGGCCCGUGUUCUGCUCCUGCUCGUCAUCCCCGGGCACAUGUUCUUCAACUGGAUGAUUGCCGUGCUGCACUCUGGCGCUGAUCAUCCGCCGAACGGGCCCCUCUUCACGACGUUCUAUCUGAUUGCGGCGUUUGCGCAGGUGAUGAUCCUCCUCUGGACCUGCCAGUGGCUUGUCGCCUGGAUGUGGGGCCGCGGCAUCGACCCUGACAACGCAGCCAUCCCCUACCUCACGGCCCUGGGUGACCUUCUCGGCACCGUGCUCCUUUUCCUGGUCUUCAUCGCCAUCGACGGGCUGAAGGAGAAGAGCGUCCUCGUCGAGGGG